AAAAAAAUUUUUUAGAUCAAGUACGUGUGCGGUGUGUAUAUUGUAUAUACCGGUCAAUUUAAAGGUUUUUUAAACUGAACACUAAACUUUCUGGUAAACCAACAUCAGCAAAGUAGGAAUUACUGUUAGCUGAAAAUAUGGAUGAAGAUCAACAAAGUAUAUGUUCUGAUCAGUUCAGUAUAUCUUCUGAUCAACUGAGCAUAUGCUCUGGUGGAAUAUUUAGUGACAUCGCUUCGGUUAUUGAUGAAAAUCCAUUGAAAGAUGAUGCCAAUAACAAUAAUAAUGAAUCGAUGCCACAAAAUAACAUAUCACAGAUCCGGAAUAAAGACAGAAGAACUGCUGCAUUCAUUAAAAUGAGAAAAGAACAAAGAAAAGAAAAAAUUCGCUUACGAAAACAAAGACAAAAUAUGAGAAAACAGCUCGGGAAAAAUGCUCCACCAGUUGCGCCUCCCAAAACCAUAGAAAACCGGAGAGAAAAAGAAGACACGAUGGUUCAACCAGAUGAUGUUGAAGUCCUACUGGAUGAAGAGUCUGAUGAGAUGGCUUCGUAUUUUGAGAGAAAGACAACUCCAAAAAUUUUAAUCACGACAUCUGAUAGGCCAAGAUCGCGGACUACAAAAUUCUUGAAAGAACUGAGUGAAGGCUUUCCUAAUUCGACUGUGUUUUACCGACGAGCACUUGAUUUGAAGAAAGUGAUUCCUCAGUGUAUUAUGAAAGGGUUUACUGAUAUAAUUAUUGUAAAUGAAGAUCGUAAAACACCAAAUGGCUUGUUGCUGUGUCAUUUACCAGAAGGGCCAACUGUCCAUUUUAAAAUGUCGAAUGUAAAACUGAGAAAAGAAAUUAAAAAUAGCACCACACCUUCAGAACAUCAACCUGAGAUAAUUUUAAAUAACUUUGGCACCCGACUUGGGCAUACAAUCGGUCGUAUGUUCACCACUCUCUUUCCUCAUAAUCCAGAGUUCAUUGGAAGACAAGUCGUCACUUUUCACAACCAACGGGAUUUUAUAUUUUUUCGUCACCACAGAUACAUCUUUCGAAAUGAGAAAAGAGUAGGGUUACAGGAGAUUGGUCCCAGAUUUACUUUAAAACUUCGAUCGUUGCAAAAAGGGACGUUCGAUUCAAAGUUUGGUGAAUAUGAAUGGAUUCAUAAGAGACAUGAAAUGGAUACGAGUCGCAGAAGGUUUCAUUUGUGAAUCAACCUAUUGUUUGUGUGCAACCACACUUGCAUGAGGGGUUAAGAAGAAAUUGUAAUGACCUGGUAUUUGAUGAAAGAAUAAACUGAAUUUAAACUCAUGUCUCAUA